CUCACUCUAACCAUACUCAUCUUUCUCCCCAGCAUUCACGAGGGCAUCCAUGUCUCUCCAGACCUAUAACACCAAAUGGGGCUUCAGCUCUUCCUCGGCCUCUGGCAGCCGCGGUGUGGGUAGCACUCACACUCACACCAGCUUCAGCUCCACGACAGUGUCCAGAGGUGGGAGCAGGCUUGGGGGUGCUGCUUGUGGCAGCCCCAAGACAAGCUUUGGCAGCCAUAGCCUCUACAAUCUGGGUGCUAACAGGAGCAUCUCUGGCAGUAUGGUUCAGAGGGCCUCCCAAGGGGGAUUUGGUGUUGGGGCUGGUAGCUUUUUAGGUCUGGGCACCACCAGGUCAAACUUUGGGCCCUCCUGCCCCCCUGGAGGCAUCCAGGAGGUGACUGUCAACCAAAGCCUGCUAACUCCCCUUAAUGUGGAGAUUGACCCUGAGCUUCAGAGGGUGAGGAUGCAAGAGCGGGAGCAGAUCAAGACCCUCAAUAAUAAGUUUGCCUCCUUCAUUGAUAAGGUACGAUUUCUGGAGCAGCAGAACAAGGUGUUGGAGACCAAGUGGGCCCUGCUUCAGGAGCAGGGCAAGAGCACCAAGUUUCCUGAGGGUCUGGAGUCAUUCCUUGAUUCACAUAUAAACAAGCUUGGGAGGCAUCUGGAUAGCCUCAAGAAUGAGAAGGAAAAGCUGGAAACUGAGCUGGGUAAUGUGCAGCAACAGAUGGACAACUUCAAAGACAAAUAUGAAGAUGAAAUCCACAAGAGAACAGAAGCAGAGAACGAGUACGUUGUCCUCAAGAAGGAUGUUGAUUCCCAGUUCCUAAUCCGUGAGAGUCUUGGGGCCCAGGUCUCAAUACUGAUGGACUAUAUGAAAUUUUUGCAGAUAUUCAAUGAUGCGGAGCGGGAAGGGACCCACACCCAUAGUUCUAAUACCAAUGUUGUCCUGUCCAUGGAUAACAAUCGAAGCUUGGAUCUGGACAGCAUCAUCACUGAACUCAAAAGCCAGUAUGAGGAGAUUGCUAGGGGGAGUCGCGCAGAGGCAGAAUCCUGGUACCAGACCAAGUAUGAAGAGCUCCAGGUGACAGCUGGGAAGCAUGGGGAUUGUCUCCGGGACACCAAGAAUGAGAUCGCUGAGCUCACCCGCGUCGUGCAGAGACUGCAGGGGGAGAUUGACUCAGUAAAGAAGCAGUGCCAGCAGCUGCAGUCCGCUAUUGCUGACUCAGAGGAGCGUGGGGAGAUGGCUAUCAAAGAUGCACAGAAGAAGUUGGGAGACCUGGAAAAGGCCCUCCAUCACAGCAAAGAGGAACUGACCAAGCUGCUGCGGGACUACCAGGAGCUGACGAGCAUCAAACUGGCCUUGGAUAUGGAGAUCGCUACCUACAAGAAGCUGCUGGAGAGCGAGGAGGGCAGAAUGUCUGGAGAGUGUCCCAACGCUAUUAGCGUUUCUAUGACGGGCAGCUCGACCACUAUGUGCGGUGGGGGCAGCCGGGUGGUCGGCGGUGGGUUGUCCUUGGGCAGCAGCGGUGGAGGGGUGAAGGGGAGCCAUGGCUCUUCCUGUGGUUAUGUCAAGGGAGGGCCUAGCUGUGGGGGAACCUCCAUUUUGAAGAAAAGCACAAGUACCACGGUCAAGUCAUCCAGCCGGAGAUAUUAACCAUCCUGUGAUGUGUCAAGUUGGUGUUGGCCAUUCUGGCUCCUUGUAAGCUUUCCUUUCCCAACUUCCGACCCACCCUGAACCCUUCUUCUUUCCCUCAUACUCACCCACUCAGACCUUUACAGAGUUCCCCAUUCCAGAACUCAAAAUAACCAAGAAAUUUACAUUUACAUAGGUUGGCAUGUUGUAUCAUUUGCAUAUUAUAUUGGCUUUCUAGAGUUUAAGCACAACUAAUGGAAGAGGCAUUGAAGCUAUCAGGUAGAAUGAGAGAGUUGAAUUGGGCUGCCUGGUGUAGUGGAAAGACCAUGGAAUUUGGAUUCAGAAGACUUGGGUUUGAAUCUUGGUUUUGCUGUGUGACCUUGGGCAGGAUGCCCAAAUUUCUCUGGGUUUCCUCAGUUUCUUAUUUUGUAAAAUGAAGGGGUUGAAUUGGAUGUUUUCGAAAGUCCCUUCCAGCAUUAGAUUAUAUGAUUAGCUGGGGAUUAACUUUUGCUGAAUUCCCAAGGCAGCCUCAUUUUACCUCAGUCUCUACUGCUUGUGCAUGCUGUUUUUUUGUUACACAUACUGGCGAAGCACAUGGUCUGAUCAUAAAGCAUCAGGUGUAAGGAGAGGGAGAAGUCAUUUUGCCCUGUUUCGCCCCCACCCCAAACUGAACCAAACCCGAAUGUCUCCCUGACCAUUCCUUUAAUCAUUCUUCUCCUCCCUUCUUUGUAUUGCCUAUGAUGUAUCUCAAUAAAUAGCAACCAUAUCUCUCA